AUGGCUUUGCGCGUUCUGUGGGUAGCUGUCUUGGUGAAUGUGGCGGCGGAGGAGCAGUGUGAAUCCCAACCGGCUCGAGGGGCCUGCUUGUUACAAGAACAGCGCAAACGCACUCGAUCCCUGUCCCAGUCCCGAUUACUCGUUGCGACGAAGAAAGGUGUUGGACUUCCUUCGUCCACGGGCUAUGGAGCUACACAGCUACAUGCGUUGAAUGUUUCGUGGUUUUACUCUUGGGGAUUAAAACCCAAGAUCGAUGUGCCUGAUGAUGUGGAGUUUGUGCCGAUCAUGCAAAAUGCCAAGUACCUUCAAUGGAACCCUGCCUCUGGCAGCCAUGAGCUGCUGGGCUUUAAUGAGCCAGAUCAUGAGGACCAGGCCAAUAUGAGCGUGGCUGAAGCACUGAGCUUGUGGCCUGAAGUCGAAGCCAAAGUCCCCAGCAAUGGACGACUGGGUUCGCCCGCCACCGCGGGCAACCCGGUCACGGGCUCAUGGUUCCCCGAGUUUAUGGCCGCAGAGCCUCAUGUGGAUUUCGUGUGUGUGCACUGGUACAAGGGAGCCAAGCCGGAGAAGUUUAAAAGUGACAUGCAGGAAGUGAUCCCUUGGAUGGAGAGUCACGAGAUGGUGGAACGCUACGCCUGGCACGACUCCAAGUUCGGUACCUCGUGGCUUUACGACAGUCAAGGAGCGUUGAGUGAGACCGGGCUCGUCUACGCUGCAGCAGGAGUGAGUGCCGCGUUUUGA